GACAAAAAGCCAUCAUGAUGCGUAUACCAGAGAACCCUGGCAAUACUUGGUCGAUAGUGCCUGACAGUCUCGCCCAGUCUGUUGCCACUCAAGGCACAAAAAGGAACGCGCAUGCCAUGCGACUCGGAACAUCUGACGCCCGUUUGUCGCCCAUGCAGCCCGUUCCUGAAUCGUUCCUUGACCGCCUGGUGCCAAGCCCUGAUCGGCAGGUGCGCCCAUCCAUGUCACUGGUCGGUCCAGCCACAGCCAUCAUCAACACCACCACACGCAGCUGUUCCGAACUGCUCCUCGUCAUCUGAGGCACACGACACGUGCCAGUCGCCUUCACCCUCAAAACUGCGAUAUGUGAAGUGCCACCACCUCUGCAACCUAUGCCGCUCCUCCCCAUGCCUGGCUCCCCCGCUUCUUCCUGGGCCGUCUAUCGUGCCCGCUUGAAGGCUGUCUUCCACGGCGCUGAUCCACGCGUAUGCGCCGCCUUUUGGUUGUUCGGCCUCAUUAACAAUGUCCUCUACGUAAUCAUCCUCUCCGCUGCUCUCGACCUCGUUGGUCCAAAUGUCCCCAAAGGCGCCGUACUUCUAGCCGAUGUUAUCCCUUCGUUCCUGACAAAACUAUGCGCUCCAUACUUCAUACACAAGAUCCCAUACACUGUUCGCAUCCUCAUAUUCGUCGCUCUCUCGGCAUGCGGCAUGCUCAUCAUCGCCCUCACCCCUUCGCUGCAGGACUCGAGGACCAUUGCCAUCAAGAUGUGUGGAGUGAUGCUUGCCAGUCUGAGCAGUGGAGGUGGUGAACUGAGCUUCCUUGGCCUAACACAUUACUAUGGUCACUUUGCUCUGGCUUCUUGGGGCUCAGGUACUGGCGGCGCAGGUCUAAUCGGUGCUGGAGCGUACGCCAUCGCGACCAACACGCUGGGCAUUACCCCUCGCACAAGUCUACUUGUCUUUUCCUUCCUGCCGCUAAUCAUGGUCUUGAGUUUCUUUGUCAUACUCCCACUUGGGCCGCUGCGUGCUGGCGCUCCGAAACAAGGUGGUUAUGAAGCCAUCGAUAACCAAGGGGACGACGAGGAAGACGAGGUUGCCCAGGCGCAUGAACAAGACGAUCUGCUGUCUUCCUCCAUGCAUUCAGCUUCAGGGCGCAGCUUCACUUCCGUCAAUAAUAAGGGUGCUAACAGUGCACUGAGUAGCUUCCGGGCGAACCUCAACCGGGCGCGAGGAUUGUUCUUCCCAUACAUGUUGCCCCUACUCCUCGUCUACAUUGCUGAGUACACCAUCAACCAAGGCGUUGCACCCACUCUGCUAUUUCCCCUCGAAUCCUCCCCCUUCGACGAAUACCGUUCUUUCUACAGCACGUACAACGCCAUCUACCAGGUCGGUGUUUUCAUCUCGCGCUCCUCCACACCCUUCAUACGCAUACACCACCUAUACGUCCCAUCGUUUCUUCAAGUCGCCAAUCUCAUCAUCCUCGCCCUGCACGCCAUGUUCAAUUUCAUCCCGAGCUACUACAUCGUGUGCGUUAUCAUAUUCUGGGAAGGCCUGUUAGGCGGGUUGGUCUAUGUCAGUACCUUUGCUGAGAUCACGGAUAACGUUCCGAAAGAGGAUAGGGAGUUUAGUCUGGGUGCGACCAGUGUGAGUGAUUCUGGAGGUAUAUGCAUCGCUGGGUUCUUAGGCAUGGCCGUUGAGGUAAGUCUGUGUCGCUGGCAAGUUAAUCAUGGCAGGAAUUACUGCAAAUUGCAGUGAGAUUUGCAAUAUCAUACGCUAUCAAAAACCUUGGUUCCACACCGUUUGAAUCAUCCUUAUCAUAUGACUCUGAUCUCGCGGUCCAAUCAGAAAAGCCCCUACGACUCGUUUAGAAGGUUGACGUGUGUGAGCAAUUGUGAUUUCAUCGCAGUAAUUAUAACCACGGUUUGGAACCGGCAAGUUUUUACUCUUUAGUGCAUACAAUACAUCAGC